AUGCGCUCAACGAACGAAGCCAUGCUCGAAACUACACGCUUGCGAUGGCCGGAGAUAAUCCGAAGGCAUACCUUCGCGGAAUUGGUCAACGUGGCGUCGCAGCUGCCAGCCCACGUCUGGAAACCAGCUUUACAGGAAGGCAUCAGCUUCCGCACCAAGAUUCCGGACUCCACGAUCUGGUACUACGAGACCGGACAAUCCCAGUGGUGGGCAUGGCGACGCCAGCGACGCAGAGGGUCCGAAGUCAUCGUACUCCGACGCGUCCCAGACCGCCAGCUCGUGCUGUCCUGCAACGUGCACGCCACCGCGGACCUCUUGCAAGUCGAGAUGAACACGCUCUCAGGCAAGAACCUCAUCCACGCGGUCUUCAACGCCUCCGAGUCGUCGGAGCCAGUCACAACGAAAGAUCUCGUGAAGCUAGCUCGCACAGCAGCCUUCCAACAAGGCAUCCUGACUUCGACCAGCCAAGAGAUCCGCUUGCUCGUGGACGCACGCGUGAUCCCCGAUAACGCCACGUGGUGGUCGCAGACCAUUCGCGCAGCGCCACCGAAACGACGAAUCCGCCAGAAGCAGGACGUCUCAAGAACCAAUUUUGAGCAAAACAUCGUUUCGUUCCUCAACUGA